UGAUAUCGAUAACAGCUCACAUUCUCGUCAAAUGCAACUAUCGCUGUACUCUCUGGCCGAGUAUCGAUACGCAGAUAUUAUCGUCGUGGUCAGACCAACGCUCUAGCGUCGGUCCGCGGAAAAUAGCGAAAAUCACAAUUAUCCGGGAAGAUAUAUUGGUCGAAAACUAACUCGUGAUCCCCCAAUAAAUAUGCGCAAGAGAAAAUUGUAUAUAAACUGAUCGAAUGCAGCCAGCGUGCGAAGCACUAAAAGCGAAAAACGCCAGAAACAGAAACAAGGAAUUGCAGCUGCAGUCUCGUCGUGCACCCAUCCCAAUCCCAUCAGACCCCACCCGGCGUUGGAGUGCAAGAAUAACAUGGAUAUAGAAGUCAAGCAUAGAGAUUAGCCGAAUCCUUUGAAUUUUAAAUUCAAGAUCCUAAUUUAAAUUAGCUAAGUAGCAUAGCCUAGCCAAUAGUCCCUAGCCAGAGGAACGGUUCCAAGCCGCAAGCACUCGUGUUCAUAGUCCUGAUCGAAAUUCAAACGAAUCCCAAGGGCACCAACAGCGAGUAGAACCGCAGAAGCACAGCAAGGAGCAACAUCAUCAUGACGACCGACACCCGCCGACGCGUCAAGCUGUACGCGCUGAAUGCGGAACGGCAAUGGGAUGAUCGUGGCACUGGCCACGUGUCAUCCACCUAUGUGGAAAGACUAAAAGGCAUCUCGCUUUUGGUGCGAGCCGAAUCCGAUGGAUCUCUGCUUUUGGAGAGCAAGAUACAACCGGACACCGCAUACCAGAAGCAACAGGAUACGCUGAUCGUGUGGUCCGAGGGCGAUAACUUUGAUCUGGCCCUGAGUUUCCAGGAAAAGGCGGGCUGCGACGAAAUAUGGGAAAAGAUAUGUCAGGUGCAAGGCAAGGAUCCAUCUGUAGAAAUAACUCAAGACAUCGUCGAAGAGUCUGAGGAUGAGCGGUUUGAGGACAUGUCGGAUACUGCGCCACCCAUUGAGCUACCACCCUGCGAGCUUUCCCGGCUGGAGGACAUCUCGGAAACGAUACAAAGCUGUCUCUCCACGCCGCUGCGAAAGGAAAAGUUGUCGAUGGCUCUGGAGUCGGAGAGCUAUAUCAAGAAGCUGCUGAACUUGUUCCACGUGUGUGAGGACCUGGACAAUACCGAGGGCCUGCAUCACCUCUUCGAGAUCUUCAAGAACAUCUUCUUGCUAAAUAAGAACGCGCUCUUUGAGAUUAUGUUUGCGGAUGAUACCAUCUUUGAUGUGGUCGGGUGCUUGGAGUACGAUCCGAGUGUAUCUCAGCCCAAAAAGCAUCGACAGUAUCUGAAGCAGUUAGCCAAGUUCCGCGAGGCAGUGCCGAUUAAAAACCUAGACCUGCUGGCUAAGAUCCACCAGACGUUCCGGGUGCAGUACAUCCAGGACAUUAUCCUGCCCACACCAUCGGUCUUUGUCGAAGACAACAUGCUGAACACCCUGUCCAGCUUCAUCUUCUUUAACAAGGUGGAGAUUGUCACGAUGAUCCAGGACGACGAACGGUAUCUCCUGGAUGUGUUUGCGGUUCUCACCGAUCCCACCACCGGAGACGCGAAACGCCGCGACACAGUCCUCUUCCUGAAGGAGUUCUGCAACUAUGCCCAGAAUCUGCAGCCGCAGGGCAAGGACUCGUUCUACAAAACUCUCACCUGCCUAGGCAUUCUGCAGGCGCUGGAACUCACUCUCGUGAUGAACGACAAGAAGACCAAAUCGGCCUCCAUCGACAUUCUCACGGCCAUCGUAGAGUUCUCGCCGCUGGUAGUGCGCAAUUACACGCUCAACCAGGCCAAUCGGCCAGAAGUGGAGCGUAUGCUACUGAACAUUGCCAUCGAACAAAUGCUGAACGACUCGGAGCCGGAGCUUGGAAUCGCGGUGCAGCUAAUGGGUAUCGUCAAGAUUCUGUUGGAGCCGGAGAACAUGCUCACCGAGAAGGGCGAUUUUCUCAACUUCUUUUACAAAUACAGUGUGCAAACGUUAGUGGCUCCGGUGAUACUUAACACGAUAGGCGACCGUCCGCAAAACGAGGACUAUCAGACGGCCCAGCUGCUGGGAAUCGUCCUGGACAUUCUCUCGUUCUGCGUGGAACACCACAGUUAUCACAUCAAAAACUUUUUGUUGCAAAAGGAUCUCCUCAAGCGAAUACUGGUGCUAAUGAAGAGCACACAUACGUUCCUUGUCCUCGGCGCUCUGCGAUUACUGCGCAAGAUAAUUGCACUUAAAGAUGAGUUUUACAAUAGACACAUUGUCAAGUGCAAUCUGUUUGCGCCGGUGGUAGAUGCCUUCAUUCGCAACAACGGCCGUUACAACCUUCUGGAGUCAGCCAUUCUGGAGCUGUUUGAGUUUAUAAAACUCGAGGAUAUCCGCACUCUGUGCGUUUACUUCGUGGAGAACUUCAGCAAGAUAUUUGAUGAAAUCGAAUACGUGCAGACAUUUAAGUACUUGAAGAAUCGCUACGAUCAGUACCAGGAUCGGCUUAAGGAUCGCGACAAGAUGGAAAACCGAACUGACGGUGGCCUGCCCAUCAUCCGUAGCGGUGGCCGGUUUCGUCGGGAUCAGCGGCAAAUGGAGGAGGAAGAGGAAAUGUGGUUCAACGAGGAGGACGAUUUCACUGAGGAAAUCGACACAUACAACAAUGUCAUGAAAUCCGUCAGCGAAAAGAAUGGCCCGCAAACGCAAAACCAGCAGAAAUCCUCUCCGCCACACAGCACGUCGCCUCACAGUGGAUUGUUGGGAAGCCUGAGCACCACCGCGUCAUCCACUGCCACAUCCGCCACGUCAGGUGCACCGGUGGCCAGCGGCAGCAGUAGCCCCGAGGCCAUCUCCGCCGACGAGCAGACGCAGGCGGCGGUGCAUUUGGCUGCCGCUGCAAAUAUUGCGCUUCAGCACCACCAGCAACAACAACAGCAGCAGCAGCAGAACCCAUUCCAGCAACAGACACAGCCCGAGAUCGCGGAGCUACAACAGCAGCUGAGCAGCGUGGAAGCGCCUCAAAGCCAGGAGUUGGAGCUGUCACAAUCGGCCGCCGCCAGUGCAUCGCCCACUUCGUCAUCCUCGUCUCUGGAAGCCUCGACGUCCUCUUCAUCGGCGUCAUCGUCUUCAUCGUCGUCGUCAUCAUCCUCGCCGCCCGGCUCAUCGGCAGCAGCAUCGCUAUGCGAUUCGGCGACAGUAGCCGCCGUGGCAGCAUCACAGUUUCUCUCAACGAUCGCCACAGCCAUGGCGGCCUCUGUGACGGCGGCGGCGGCAACAAACAGCUCGCCGAGCAUUUCGCCCGCUCCGGCCGUGUCCAGUCCGGAUAUCGAGAACGCCGACGCCCAGUUGCCACCCAGCGAUGACGCCAGCAGCCCGGUCAGUGGGGAGCAAGAUGCUAACAGCACGGAAGGUGCCAGCAGCGAGGCGGACAAGACGACGGCCAAAAAGGGUCUAGUGGACUACGAGAGUGAUUCUGGCGAAGAAGACUACGAGGAGGACGAGUACUCCGAGGGGCCACAAGCACAAAAGCGCGCGCGUCUGGCAUAGUUGGCCGAUGACGAGCACAGCGGCAUCAAUUAUAAAUUAGUACACACAUAACAGAAUACAAGAAACCACGGCAAACAACAAACAACAAGCCACAAACAACACACAGACCCCCACACAACAACACACCAACACCAACGAAUGUUAGGAUUGCAUUGGCGGCAACGACAUACAGCACAGUAGGCAAGCAAGCAGAUAGCCGUACGAUGUAAGAUCGAACAAGAAAGCAUAAAUUUAAAUUUUAGCAUAAAAUUUAUUUUAAAGGAGAAGCAAAAAAACACCUAAAGUAAACGAGAAAUUAUAAAUCUUACUUUACUAAAUUAAAUAACUACAUAUAGAUAUAUAUAUAUAUAUAUUCAAAUAUAUAUGCAUAUGAAAAAACAGAUAACUAUAACUGAUCAGCAUCCACAGGCAGAGAUGUAGUUGAGUGCGUGUUGUUCGAAAGUUGGCAAAGCAAAGCAUUAACGAAACAAACCAAAAUAAAGUGUAUUUAGUAGUUAAACAACCCCCCUUCCCUCUGAACUGAGAUGAACAGCAGCAGCGGCAGCAAUGGAGGUGCGGUCAGGUGGUGGAGGACAUUUGUAUACAGCCCGCCAGCACAUCCAUUUGCAUUGUCUAUCGUAUGAGAUCGUAUGAGUUAACAGAUCCUGUGAAGUUGGCUGCUGGCCCAGAAUGUUUGUGCAAUACUUUCGUGUCGAUAUUUAAAUAACAAUUGCAAAAGGGUGUAUUUAGUUCUAAAGCUUAGACUUAACCAUUUUUACGAUCCUUCUUACCAUUGAGAUGGAUUUUCUGCCAAUUGUACUGUCACUAUCACGAUACAGCGCUGUUUUCAACUGACAAUUUGAUUAAAUAAUUCUUAUCGCGAAAGCAUUUUAUGAAAGUUUCUAUUGCAAGCAGUGCUGUAAAUAGAUGUUUUUAAUUUUAAAAUUUAAACUAUUCCCACAGCAGUGAAGUGUUUUUUCCAUUAGGAUUGCUCGUGUUUUUGUGUGAUUGCGAUUGUUUUCUGAAUAUCAACCAGAUUGCCAGGGCCAACUUUACGAAGUUUGUUAGCCAGCAGCAGCCCCUUGAGUUAAAGGCAGAUAACACUUGAACCCAAUGAACCUUGUAUAUAAUUUAGUCAGUCUCAAUACGCGAUUAGUUGAUAACUGCCCUUGCACCACUGACGCCGACAUUAAACGCAUAUAUUUGCACUUGGAAAUAUCGAAAUUUUUGCACAUUAUCGUGCUGUUCGAAAUCCAGAGUCUUGAGAUGUGUUGUCUGUGUAAUUGACUGUGUAAUUACAAACAAUUGUUGCGCUAUCCUUGCAUUAUUGAAACACACAACAAACACACAUCAAUAAAUUAUUAAUGAUAAUGAUAACAAAUAGGACGUAAAGUUAAACUAAUGUGGGGCAAACAGACAUCAGCAAGCAGAGAUAACAAUAAAAUAAAGUCUUAAGUAAAAUAGUCUUCUUGAGUUCUCGAGUAAGUUUUUUUCAUAUUUAACUAUAAUAUUAAUUUGUAUUUAACGAAUGUAGUAGGACUCACUUGGAACCAAUCCAAUCCAACCCAAAAUCCACACUCAUGCGCUCGCUCACACACUGAAACCAAUUGACAUCCCACAGCUGACAGAAAGUAAUAAAGUUAUUUGUUAAUAAUCGUA